CUCGGGAGUUGGCCCAAACACCCAUGUUGUCGUUCUCGUCAGGCAGUUGGCAGUCCGACCUCAUCAACUCUGCCGGAGUAACUCAGACACUCGUGCCAGGCUAUGCACGCGAAGCGUCCGCGAUCCUGCCACGCCUGUACCUCUCGGAUGUCGUGACAGCGCAGGAUGUGGGCGAGCUGAAGAAGCUAGGCAUCACGCACGUUCUGAGCGUUAUGGAAGUGGCGCCGACGUGGCCCGAAGACGUUGAGGCGCGGUUUGUGGGCCGCAUGCACAUCAAGAUUCGUGACACGAUGAAUACGAAUAUUCUGAAAUGGCUGGAUGGGACGACGGAGUUUAUCAAGGGGGCGUUGGAGAGCAGUGAGGAGCAUAAGGUCCUGGUCCACUGCUUCCAGGGGAUGAGCCGUAGCACGACGGUCGUCUGCGCGUAUCUCAUCGCCACCCUCGGCAUGUCACAUACCAAGUCCAUAUCCUAUGUCAAGGCACGACGCGCGAUUGCACGACCCAACGUUGGUUUCGUCAAGCAGCUGGAGACAUAUGCCAUGAAAUAUGAGGGACUUACUCCCAGUCAUCAUGAGCGCAGCGAAGGUAUGGGUGUGAAGGUGUCGAGGAUUGUCAAGAAGAUGCGGGGAAAGACCACGGUGGAAGAGACUCGCGUGAGCACCGUGUCUGUGAAGCAAAGCGCCGGCGAUGUGGCGGUUCGCGAGGUGCAUGAGACAGCUCAUGUCUCCCUCCCCACCCCACCAACGACGGACGCCCGAGAGGAUUCUUGA